AUGAAACGCCUUGUAACGGGAGCACUUGUAUUUGGUAUUGUGUUUCUGGUGGUACUAAACGACAGUAUCACCAACAAAGCGCGGUCGGAAGCCUUACGACGACAGUCGCCAUUUCCGCAGUGGAACGAACAACUGCUGCACGAUCAAGCCAAGCCACAGAGAACGGUCCACUUUCCUUUCCGCGACGGAUGCCCGCACGACUGUCACGAAUAUCGCCGGGACGGUGCUCUCAUGACCGAUGAGUAUUACCGCGUAAACUUGGAAUGGUACUUGGGGGAACCUGAGCAGUACAAUCCCCGUACAGACUGGAAACUUCAAAAGAAUUCUUCCUCUUACAGCAUGGGACUCAAUUUCCAGUGCCCCGAAUCGUUUGUACGUACCUUUCAAAAGGCAUCCCGCGAAUUGGGCGAGAAGGCAACAAAGCAACUGUCAACACCAGACCGAACUAUUUCGAUCCAUCCUCCGAAACGUAUGCAGCUCGCCCUGACCUACCUCUGUUGUUUGGAUAGCGAGGAGGCCAGUGAAGCCAUUGCUGCUAUGGAUGAGUGGCUUACCCAACGGGAUUUGUUUGACCUUGAAGUGCGAUUUGACGAAAUCCAAAGCUGGCACGAGGCUCCGAAUGCAGUUGCGACCGUUCUAGUUGCCGACCAAGCUUCGCAGCAAGCUCUCAUGCGACUCAAUCAUGAAUUGAGCCGUCAUUUGCAGCGCUCCGAUAUUCCCGUUGCUGUACCACGUGAAGACCAAAUGCCAUUUCAUGUCGCGUUGGCUGGGUUUCGCCACGGAGGCCGCGCUGAAUCGUACGACCCAUCUCUUGACAUUACGUCCCAACUUCCCACUGUCUACAAGCUUGUACAGAAGGUUUCGGACAAGUACAAGGACGUUUGGACCAAAGCUGACCGUAAAGGGAAGGUCUAUGUUUCGAAGGUUCGCAUGGCUUAUUCCACAUUUAUUAACGUCGACCGAGAGGGGAAACGCAACAAUGAACCGAGCAAUGAAAUGGUGCACGAUCAAGAUACUGAUUUACCGUUGGCAUCCAGCCUUAAGAUAAAGCGCUUGUUUGGUAUCUUGACGAUUGCCACAGCGUUUAUAAUCAUUCAGCAGAGACGAGAGAAUAGUGCGUUUCCGCAAUGGAACGAGAAGCUCAUUCAUGGUCGCGCCGAGCCACAGCGCACGCUGCAUUUUCCGUUUCGGACCGGAUGCCCGCACGAUUGCGGUGCUUAUCGUCACGUGGAGUCUAGUAGAUUCGGCUCCAUUCUCAACGACGAACAGGACUUUUACAGAGUUACCGUCGAAUGGUACUUUGGGGAACCAGAAAAAUAUAUGCCCACUGUUGAUUGGAAAGCUCAAAGGAAUUCUUCAUCGUACAAGCUGGGUAUUAAUUUUCAAUGCACGGAAUCUUUCGUCCGCACAUUCCAAGCCGCAUCUCGAGACCUCCACGACCAAGCCACAAAAUUUUUGUCGACUCCUAGCCAACCUACUACGAUACAUCCGCAAAGACGCAUGCACGUUUCACUUUCCUACUUGUGCUGCCUGAAUUCUGAAGAAGCGAAGCGUGCGAUAGCUGCAAUCGACGAUUGGACGGGAAGAGCCAAAUUUGAUAUGGAAUUACGGUUCGACGAAAUUCAAGCCUGGCACGAAUCUCCGAACUCCGUGACGACGAUCGUGCUGGUUGAUGAAGCUUCGCAGCAAACACUUAUGCGAAUUAAUCAUGACUUAAACCAGCAUCUGCAUCGCUUUGACAUUCCUAUUGCGAUCCAACGUGAGGACCAAAUGCCCUUUCACGCUACCGUUGCUGGGUUCCGGUAUGGUUCCAACGGCGAAUCCUACGACCCAACGCUCAACAUUGAACCACAACUAUCGACCAUUUACAAUUUUGUCCAUCAAGUUUCGCAGCAUGAGUUGGUGUUUUCCGAAUGGGAGAUGAAGCAUGUUUUUUUGCGCCAAAUUUCUGAUGUCAAAGUUAAUGUUGUUUCGUCUGCGGUCGUCCGUCGAUUUGGGUUGCGCUUUUCCUUUCUUUCACUGUCGGCUCCAAUUCUUUGCGAUGUUUGUUUACACACUCCGCAGAAACCAUGGGAGGACGCCUUCAUGCCGUUCGCUCGUGGCCAAACGAUGGAAGCAAACACUUCUGGUAGCACGACCGACGACGUGAUUGAUUUCCUCGUUCCGUUGCAGCAGAACGGGCAUCCUUUUGCUUCCUAUGCUGUACGAACCGACACGGAUGUCUCGUUCGGUAGAACCGUGGAAUUAUGUAUGCGUCUGACCGAAGUUGCAUCGUCUCUAUCGCCAAAGAACGCGGCUGCUGCAGAUACUUCGAGCAAGAACGAAGCUUCGACGCUUGCUCGCCGCACACUUGGACGCGUAGACUUUUUACCAGCCUUAUGGGCGGCUUGUGGGUGCAACACCAGGCCCAACCGCGAUACGGACUACGAGUUUGCCGUCAUGCCUGGCAAGAGUGAGCGUUCCUAUCCCGGAUUGGAAUGUGUCACCAUCAACGAAAUCCCGUUGAAGAAUUUGCCAAGAUUUCCUAGACGGGGGUUGGAGCUAGAAAGCAACAACGAAGAUACCGCGUUGGUAGGUUGGUGGAGGAUCAGUGCAGGAGACACGCUGUCGCUACUCCCGCCUCCUUCGCUAUUCCACAAGAAUGGAAUGAUUGAAGUCGACGACAACGAGAGUGACAAGGCAGAAAACAAAACGCAGCUUGUAUUAUUGGAACCCCUUCGGCUUCAACUCAUGAGAGGAGCUGCCACCGCCGUUUAUGAGAACAAAGCUGUAGGCGAACUACGGAUGCGUGAUACACCGAUAUCUAAAACCAAUGGACCUAGGCUCUCAUUCACGACGGAUGGAGCAUCGUUAGACCACACCGUUGUGGAAACGAAAGAGGUUCAGCGGGACAUUGAACAAUAUCAACCAGAGAGACUUCAGAAUGAUGGCGACUCAAACGAGAACAUACCACAUGCGCUGGAUCUCUCUUGGAGGAAACCCUCUACAAAGAACGACGUUACUCAGGAAAGUUUGCGUUCCGCCUCAAAAAAUAGCAGGGCUCACGAUGGAAACGACAAAAGGGAUCCAAGUCGAAUGGAGGAGGGUUUACAAGUUUUUUCUUCCGUACCGAAAGGUCCAUCGCAUCCGCCAGAGUAUUUGCAACCGAUCUCUCGAGCUACACAGGGAAUUUGA